AAUGCUUCCACUACCCGGCUCCAGGAGUAUGGCCGGGAGUGGGCGGCUGGCUUUGUGGACACUGCCUGGGCCGCAGUGGAUACGAGGCUCGGGCCCGGCCGUGCUGAACCGCCUGCGGGACGCAGCCGUGGUGCGGCCUGGUUUCCUGAGCGCGGCUGAGGAGGAGACGCUGAGUCAGGAGCUAGAGCCUGAGUUGCGCCGCCGCCGCUACGAAUAUGACCACUGGGACGCGGCCAUCCAUGGUUUCCGAGAGACAGAGAAAUCGCGCUGGACAGAGGCUAGCUGGGCCAUCCUGCAGCGUGUGCAGGGGGCUGCCUUUGGCCCUGGCCAGACUCUGCUCUCCCCAAUUCACGUGCUGGACCUGGAGCCUCAGGGCUACAUCAAGCCUCACGUGGACAGCAUCAAGUUCUGUGGAGCCACUAUCGCUGGCCUGUCUCUCCUGUCCUCCAGUGUCAUGAGGCUGGUGCACACCCAGGAGCCAGGGGAUUGGCUGGAACUCCUGCUGCAGCCAGGCUCCCUCUACAUCCUUAGGGACUCAGCCCGUUAUGACUUUUCCCAUGAGAUCCUUCGGGAUGGAGAGUCCUUUUUUGGGGAGCGACGGAUUCCCCGGAGGCGACGCAUCUCUGUGAUCUGCCGCUCCCUCCCAGAAGGGAUGGAACCAGGGGAGCCCAAACAGCCACCUCCUGCUUGCUAACCCCAAGCUUGUCCCUAAGCUUCCCAGAGACUAUAUUUGUGAAUAAAGUUGGAGAUGGGUGUC